UUCCAGGGAAACCAAAAAGCGUGCAAAAUCUCUAUGGUUAACGAAAUGCAACAACAAUUAAACAAUCCCCAAUUCUUUACCACUCUGGAUUCCAUAUUUUCUCACUCUCUGCCCUCCACCGCCGUCGCCCUCAGCCCUAUGCCGGAGACGGCGAUGGGCUCGUCGGUGUACCUCCGACAGAGAGAUCUGGUCCAUAAAUUUUGCGUUGAGAAUCACCACCUGCAAUUCCAACAACAGCACCGCUACCAGCCAGUUGAAAUUUCCGCUGGUUAUGGGGGUUUUCCGGCGUCGGUGAAGAAGAAGCUGUACAGGGGAGUGAGGCAGAGGCAUUGGGGGAAAUGGGUGGCGGAGAUUAGACUGCCGCAGAACAGAAUGAGGGUUUGGUUGGGAACCUACGACACGGCGGAGGCUGCCGCCUAUGCCUAUGACAGGGCGGCGUAUAAGCUCAGAGGAGAAUACGCGAGGCUGAAUUUUCCCAAUUUGAAGGAGUUUAGGAAUUUGGGGUUCGCCGAUUGCGGCGGUUUGAAUGCUUUAAAGAACUCCGUUGAUGCUAAAAUUCAAGCAAUUUGUUCGAAGAUGAAGAGGGAAAGGGCUAAAAAGAGAAGCAAGAAAUUGGAUCCCAAAAACAGCCCCGUUUCUGAGUCGUCUUUGCCGUCGCCGAUGGCAGCGACGUGGUGUUCGUCGGCGGUUUCUGGAGAUGGGUUUUGGAGAACGGACAAUUCGCCGCCACCGUCGUCGUCGUCCGGCUCGGCGGAGUCGGCGGUGGCGGUGGCGAUGGUGGAGGAAGGGGAUUGUGAAGGGUACUCUUCGCUGGCGAAGAUGCCGUCUUUUGAUCCGGAUUUAAUUUGGGAAGUUCUGGCAAAUUAAAUUGAAUGAACUUUUCUCUUUGUUUUUAUUUAUUUUUUUCCACAAAGUUUUUAAAACUGCACAACAGGGACAAUUGUGCAACCCAGAGAUAUAGUUCCACAGAGGUCUUUUUUAUUUCCCUCUUCAAUCAAUCUAUUCUCGUCCUUGCUGGUAUUCGUUUCUGUAAUGAAUCGAUGUAGGAUCUUCUCCAACGCUGGCACACGGUUCAAUAUCCGCCCCUUUUGAAGCUCAACAUUGUUGCUGACACACCCGAUCAUUGAUUCGGAGGGAGAGGAAAAAAGAAAAAAAGACGAAAGGAAGGAAAAAUAGGUGAAGGGCCAUAACGAAACCCAUAUCUCAAAGGUGAAUGAAAGAAACAAGGCAUCAUCUUGUUUUGGGUCAUGGCUAGAAUUUGGGAUUUUGAGGUCACACACGAAGCUUAUCAAUUGAUGAUAGGUGGCCUAGGGGUGUGUUGUGAAGUGAGAAUGGUGGCCCUCAUCGUGGUUACCCACAUGUCAACAGUGACUUGUGUAAGAGCCCCCAUACCCUUCUAAUCUUUAAUUUGCAUUUACUAUCAUAAUUACUCCACAUUCCUAAUUUCUCUAUCCUCUUAACUAAAUCUUCCUUCACAUAAUAUCAUUCUGUUCUCGAAUGUUCCAUUGCCACGUGUCAUGCAUUCUAAACACUAGGGGGGGGGGGGCAACCUUCAACGAUUUUAAUCGUAUUGUUAGAAUAGAACGGGUAAUUAUUUUAUUUCAAAAGUAUGUUUUAAAAGCGGCAUUAAAAUCCUAAAAUCCCACCACUUCCUUCUUGCAUUUCCUCUCUUUAAAACCGCUACAAUCUACGAGGUAACACAUUAAUACUCUCUCUCUUUUCUUAUUCUCCUUUUCCA